GGACUUUCCACCCUCUACAACCGCAUGUGCCAUUUCCUUGAUAUAAAUCUCUGUGUGUGUGUGUAUGUGUGUAUACACUUCACUGGCUUUGUUUCUCUAGAGAACUCAGCCUAAGACAUACCAGUACCACACUUUCAUUAUUGUGGGUUUACCGUAUGUUUUGUAAUCAGGGCAUGUGAGUCCUCUUACUUCAUUCAUUUUUUUUUUUUUUUAAAGAUUUUUUAGCUAUUUGGGGCACCUUACAAUUCCAUAUCAAUUUGAGGAUCAGUUUUUUCAUUUAUUCAAUAAAGAUUGUUUGGAUUUUGAUAAGGAUUGUGUUGAAUAAGGCUUUGAGUGGUACUGACAUCUUAACAAUAUUAAGUCCUCCAAUCCAUGAACAUAGGAUGUCCUUUCAUUUAUUUAAGUCUUCUUUAAUUUCAGCAAUGUUUUACAGUUUUCAAAUGUAUAAGUGUUUCACCUUCUUGGUUAUAUUUAUUCCUAGGUAUUUUAUUUUAGAUGCUUUAGUAAAUGAAGUUGUUUUCUUAAUUUCCUUUUCAUAUUGUUCAUUGCUAGUUAUAAAAACACAACUGAUUUUGAGUGUUUAUCCUGUACCCUGUGACUUUGCUGAAUUUAUUUAUUAGCUGUUGUAGAUUAUUUGGGAUUUACUAUAUAUAGGAUCACAUCAUUUGCAAGUAGAUACAAUUUUACUUUUUCCUUUUAAAUUUUGGAGCCCUGGUGGCACAGUGUUUAAACGAUCCACUGCUAACCAAAGGGUUGGCAGUUUGAAACCACCAGUGCCUCCAUGGGCGAAAGAUGUGACAUACCUUUAAUUUAAUUUUUCUUUAAUUUAAAUUUAUUUUUCUUGCCUGAUUGCUUUGACUAGAAAUUCUAGUAUAAUGUUAAAUAGCAGUGCUGAAAGUAUGCAUCUCUGUCUUGUUCUUGAUUUUAGGGGGAAAGCCUUCAGUUUUCUCCACUGAGUGUGAUGUUUGCUGUGGGGCUUUCAUAGACAAUUUUAUUGUGUUGAGGAAUUCCUUCUCUAUUCCUAGUUUGGGCACUGCUCUGAGGGGUGAAAGUGCUAUAGUUUGGGGCAUUCUUAGCAUUCAGAAAGCAACCAGACAUGUCCUUGGAUGACAUUAAGAUGAAAUCUACUGACUUCCUGCAAACAGCGCACCUAGACAGUGGGGGCUUCGGAAAAGUGUCUCUAUGCUGUCACAGACUCCAUGGACUUGUGAUACUGAAAAACGUAUACACAGGGCCCAAGCGCACCGAAUACAAUGAGUCCCUUCUUGAGGAGGGGAAGAUGAUGCACAGACUGAACCAUAAUCGAGUGGUGAAGCUGCUGGGCGUCAUUAUUGAGGAUGGCAACUACUCUCUCGUGAUGGAGUACAUGGAGAAGGGAAACCUGAUGCAAGUGCUGAAAGGGGAGGUCAGCAUCCCCCUUUCUGUAAAAGGAAGGAUAAUUUUGGAGACUGUUGAAGGAAUGUGCUACUUACAUGGAGAAGGUGUGAUACACAAGGACCUGAAGCCUGAAAAUAUCCUCGUUGAUGAUGACUUUCACAUUAAGAUAGCAGAUCUUGGUGUUGCUUCCUUUAAGACGUGGAGUAAACUGACUAAAGAGGAACAUAACGAGCAGAGGAAAGUGAAUUGUACCUCCAAGAGAAAUGGCGGCACCCUCUGCUAUAUGGCCCCCGAGCAUCUGAAUGAUGUCAACGCAAAGCCCACGGAGAAAUCAGAUGUAUACAGCUUUGCCAUAGUACUUUGGGCAAUUUUUGCUAAUAAGGAGCCAUAUGAAAAUGCAAUCUGUGAGCAGCAGUUGAUAAUAUGCAUUAAAUCUGGGAACAGGCCAAAUGUGGAAGACAUCAUAGAGCACUGCCCAAAGGAGAUUAUUAGCCUCAUGAAGCACUGCUGGGAGGCGAACCCGGAAGUUCGGCCAACAUUUGCUGGCAUUGAAGAAAAUUUUAAGGAUUUUUAUUUGGAACAAUUAGAAAAAGAUGUAGAAGAGGAUGUGAAAAGUUUAAAGGAAGAGUAUCCAGACCAAAAUCCAAUCAUUAAGAAAAUGCAGUCUCUCCAAAUUGAUUGUGUAGCACUACCUCCAAGCAGGUCAAACUCAGCCACAGAGCAGCCCAGUUCACUGCAUAGUUCACAGGGGCUCAGAAUGGGUCCCAUAGAGGAGUCCUGGUUUGGUCCCUCGUCAGAGUACCAGCAAGAGGAGAAUCAGCCCAGUCUGCAGAGUAAACUCCAGGAGGAAGCCAACUACCAUCUUUUUGGCAGCCGAAUGGACAGGAAGGAAAAAUGGCAGCCCAGACAGAAUGUGGCUUAUAACAGAGAGGAGGAAAGGAAACGAAGGGUCUCCCAUGACCCCUUUGCACAGCAGAGACCUUACGAGAAUACUCAGAACCCAGGAGUAAAAGGCCUUGCUUAUCCCACUGCAACCAGUCACACUGAUGUAUUUCCACAACUAUCAGGGCUAACCAGCCAACCCCAAGUACCAUACUGGAACAACGGGUUAUAUAACAGUCCACAUGGUUCGGGAGCAAGACCGCUGGAUCCAGGAAUAGCAGGUCCAAGACCUUGGUAUGGGCCAAAUCCUAGUCAUAUGCCUAGCCUGCAUAAAACUCCAGUGCCUGAGACCAGCCUACUGGUAAACACACCAACCAUUCCAUUCAUCUCCUUCCCAUCAACAGACGAGUCUUUCAGAUACAACAUUUACAAUAGCACUGGCGUUCAGAUUGGAAACUACAAUUACAUGGAGGUUGGCAGGAUGAGUGUACCACCACAGGACAGCACAAAUACGAACUUCAAAGAAGAGCCAGCAUCGAAAUACCAAGAAAUCUUUGAUAAUAUCACCAGUCUGACUGAUAAACACCUGGACCCAGUCAGGGAAAAUCUGGGAAGGCACUGGAAAAAAUGUGCCCGUAAGCUGGGCUUCACUGAACCUCAGAUUGAUGAAAUUGACCAUGACUAUGAGCGAGAUGGACUAAAAGAGAAGGUUUACCAGAUGCUCCAAAAGUGGCUGAUGAGGGAGGGCAAUAAGGGGGCUACAGUGGGAAAGCUGGCAUAUGCACUCUACCAGUGUUCACGAACAGACCUUCUGAACUAUUUGGUACGUGUCAGCCAGAACUAACCCUGUAAGAGGCUUUGGCAGCAUGACGUAAACCUCCUCACUUGGUGUGAUGGUUAAGGUUAUGUGUCAACUUGGCUAGGCCAUGGAUUCUCAGUGGUUUGGCAGAUAUUACAUAAUCAUCCUCCAUUUUGUGAUCUGAUGUGAGCAGCCAAUUAGCUGA